AUCAUAUAUACCACAUUAUAUUCAUUCAUACACCAAAUCUUUAUUUCCCCUACUCUUAUUGAUAUAUGGCUAAUUGUUAUGCUGAUGAUGAAGCAACAUCUAGGAUAUCAUACGAGAUGCAUGCAACAGCUCCCAGAAUUGCGCAUGCAUCCAUUAGGGCCGCUGUUUCUAACAACAGCUCUAGAAGGAGAGAAAAUCAUCCUCACCAAUACCACGGCAUAAGUCGUCAUCGAAAUGGGACAUGGGUUGCCCAAAUUAAGUAUCGGGGUGCACUCAUUUCGCUGGGGACAUACUCUACCCCUCAUAUGGCGGCUGCCGCGUAUGACGCGGUGGCUUAUGCCUUGCGAGGCUGUCUUGAGGAACUGAACUUUCCUGCUUUCGCCGAACACUACCCUUACCCCACAUCCUCUGCUAAGGCGGACCUGAAACGGGUUGCUGCUCUAGCGGCUGCCAUGAUGGACCCACACGGUGUUAACUUGCCCGAUGCGGGCAUUGAGUUGAAGGCCGGGUUCCACUUUGUUUACGGGUUCGGGUAUGACGAGCUGAAUGAUGAUUACAAGGUGGUUGGCGUUUUCUCCACCUUUCACAGCAGUGGUUAUGGUGAGACCGAGGUUAUGUUGUAUAGUUUGAGAAAUGAUUCCUGGAAGAUAAUUGGGGAUUGUAAGGGUGGGGUUUUGUCGAACGAUCCGGGUAAGUUUGUCAAUGGUAAGAUCCAUUGGGCAAUGUAUCCUGAUUAUGAUAGUGAUACUGGCAGCUCGGAAAUUUUUUCACUAGACUUGUCUAAAGGAGUCUUUGGAAAGGUAGGAAAGCCGGAUUAUGGAGAAAGACCAUCUGAGUUGACAUUGGGAGUGCUUUGUGGUGAUCUCUGUGUGAUGUGCCAGCAUGAGAAGUACCAGUUGGAUGUAUGGGUCAUGAGGGAAUAUGGAGUGGUUGAGUCUUGGACUAAGAUUGUAAUCAUCAUUCAGCUCGUCAUACCCGAACCCGUAAACAAAGUGGAACCCGGCCUUCAACUCAAUGCCCGCAUCGGGCAAGUUCUUGAUUUUCCGGGUGGCCGGGUUCCAUAUGAACAUAGCUCUCUCUUCAAUAGCAAUGCAAACCAACCCAUUGCAGGAACCAGCAAACCAGACUAAAUUGAAUAAAUUUGUUGUGAUUUA